CUGGGUAGCGUCUGCUGUUAUACUACAUUUAGGCAACCUCUGAAUUACAUCCGCUAUGUUCCGUGUCAUGCGUAACCGUUUGUCGCUUUGACCGAGCCGCUCUGUACCGAGUGCGACGACUUUGUUUUUUCCCCACGAUAGGCAAUAUCGAAAAACACUAUGGUCGAGCAGUCGGAUCGCGCUCCGCUUCUGGACUGGGAGGAGGUUCCCCCGGCCGAACUUGCCCCAUCUGUUCCGUCACCGGAGAUAGAGGAUUCAUCGCAGUCCGGUGUAUCGAGUUACCCGGCCCAGGGCUGUGUAGGGGCAGAUAUCUCCUCGAGCACAAGCCCGGUGAGACCGAAUAGAAUAACAGCUGUUGUAGGUGAGAGUGCGCAUUCCCCCUAUAAACAGAGAGACCCGGGAGAAGAUGGCUUUGCCACGGAUGAGGAGGGAGACUGCGCCUUUCAUGGACUGUCAGUCAGAGGCAGGAUCACUGGAUGGGAGGAAAAAGAUCAAGUUGUUGCCGUGUUUGUUGUGACUUUCGACACGAGAUCGGGGAACAUGAUAGAAUGGUGCCUACCUCAAGAUAUGAACCUGGAGGGAGUCGAAUUCAAGUCCAUGGCCAGUGGCUCUCAUCGGAUCUCAAGUGACUUCAUAUAUUUCCGUAAAGGCUGUUACUUCGGACUAGCGUGCUUUGCCAACAUGCCUGUGGAAAGUGAGCUGGAACGGGGGGCUCGGAUGAAGUCUGUUGGGAUUUUGUCUCCUUCAUACACACUAUUGUACCGUCACAUGCACUUCCUGGAGAACCAGGUCCGGCACCAGCUGCAGUGUCCAGGACAGUACUCUCCACUGGAAGCUUUCUAUGAGGAUAAAAAGGCAGUGUUGCCCCCAGGAGGCAAUGGUUUGAUCACGGCCUGCCCGACUAGCUCUCUUGGGCCCAUAGUCAACCGCUGCAUGCAUCCAGAGAUGAAGAUCACACACCCGGCUGGCUGCAUGUCCCAGUUCAUCCGCUUCUUUGGAGAGCAAAUCAUGGUGCUGUGGAAGUUUUCUUUGCUCAGGAAACGCAUCCUCAUUUUCUCUCCUCCCCCUGUCGGCGUAGUCUGCUAUCGGGUGUACUGUUGCUGCUGCCUUGCUAAUGUGUCCAUUCCUGGGAUGGGUGUCUCGGUUCCGGAGUUCCGCCCCUUCUUCUACAUCAAUGUGGCUGACAUUGCAGCUCUUGAGACUGAGCUAUCUUAUGUGGCCUGUACAACAGAGAAGAUCUUUGAGGAAAAGAAGGAGCUAUAUGAUGUCUACAUUGAUAACCAGAAUGUAAAGACACACAGAGAGAGCCUUCAGCCUCUGCUUCGACUCAACAGUGCGGAUAGAGAGAAGUAUCACAAACUCUGUGAGCAGAGGCAGUUGCUGCUGUACUCUCAGGAAGUGGAUGGAGACUGCACAUCUAACGAGGAGGACCUCUUCAUUCUGUUCUUCAUAGAGCAAAACAACCGAAUCUUCCAGACCCUGUCUGAGGUGGCGGGAAGCUCUGAGCCAAUCCUGACCGCUGAGCAUGUGCGAGCCAUGGGGCUAGAUCCUCACGGCGACCGCGGCUUUCUCGUCGACUUGCUGGAGGUCUACGGCAUCGACGUAAUGCUGGUUAUCGACAACCCCUGCUGCCCGAGUCAUUCUUGACCCCUCUGGACAACACUGAUACUGCCAACACCAACAAUGCCCGUGCAAUCUGCCUGCAGGCUUUUUGUGCACUCUGCAGCCUGUCAAUCCAGUGAAGUCUUUCCACUUAUCUGUCUCUCUGUGUGUUUUGUAUCCUUCCAACCUGGAUUUCCUCACAAAUCUGCCUAAUAUUUGAUCCACAACGUGAUGAAACUAAUCUCUAUGCCUCUCUCUUUACUGCUUUUCAAUGUGUGGUCUUCAGUUGUGACUUUUUUCUUCUAGCCAGUGCUGUCUUGGGUAACUGAAGUGAUGUCCCCAGUGGGUAUAAAUCUGCUUCAUAUGGACGCCAGAGAAUCAGUGACAUCUUCAGUCCACCAAGACAGAGCAAAUCUCAAUCCUGGAUUCACCUUUUUCUUGCUGGUAACAACAGUUAAUUUUUGUGGUUGUUGCUAAUUACACUACUGUGAUGGUGAGGAUUUUCACAAUCUCUACCACAUUUUUUACUUAAUCAUUUUACAGUGUUUUGAAAAAACAGGCAUCUGUCAGUGUUUUUUUUUUUCUUGUUUUGCUCCUGCAAUGAGGUUCAUUUUUGAUGUAGUAUACAUGAACAAAUAAACACAAUCAGUUUUGA